AUGGCCAUCAACACGGACAGGGAGUUUGAGAAAUGCAGCCUGGCGGAGGGCAGAGGAGCACCGCCUGGCUGUCAUCAGGAGGAGACAGAGAAGCUACUGGCGGUGACCUCUGGCCCCGGGAUGAACACCACCACCACCACCACCUCCUCCUUCUCCAUCAACAUGGGGAGCGACAAACAGGCGGAGGCCGAGCAGAACGGCCAUGGUGUGCCGGGGAGGUUGGGCUCCACCGGACACCUGGCCGCGGCUCCGCUCUCUCCAUCCAGGGUCAGCCUGAGCCGCACCUCCUCCACUGGCAACGCCGCCGUCCAAGAGACCCCGAAGCCCAAAGACUAUCUCCUGCUGGUCAUCUUCUCCUGCUUCUGCCCUGUCUGGCCCGUCAGCAUUGUGGCGCUGGUUUACUCCAUCAUGUCCAGAAACAGUCUGCAGGCUGGAGAUAUGGAUGGAGCCAAGAGGCUUGGUCGGCUGGCUCGCCUGCUUAGUUUUGUCUCCAUCAUCCUGGGCUUGAUAGUCAUCGUUGUCUACGUCUCAGUAUCAGUAACCAAGUGA